CCACAAGAGCCAGCUCUCGGGAGCCCGUAACCUUCCCAUCCCGAGAGCUGCAGUUUCAGCCGAGGCAGCAAGAACGGCAGAGCCCGGGACUGCAGAAGCAGCGGAGGCAGGAGCAGCCUGGGCGGGUCGCAGGGUCUCCCCGGGCGCAGGAAGGCGAGCAGAGACAUCCUCUGAGAGCCAAGCAAAGAACAUUAAGGAAGAAAGGAGGGAUGACACUGGACAGAGUGCAGUGAAAAAAGACACUUGAAGGAGCAGGGCAGCCACUGCCCAGGGACUGGACUGUGUCAUCAGAAUGAGAACUUACCGGUACUUCUUGCUACUCUUUUGGGUUGGUCAGCCCUACCCAACUUUCUCGACUCCAUUAUCUAAGAGGACUAGUGGUUUCCCAGCAAAGAAAAGGGCCCUGGAGCUCUCUGGAAACAGCAAAAAUGAGCUGAACCGUUCGAAAAGAAGCUGGAUGUGGAAUCAGUUCUUUCUCCUGGAGGAAUACACAGGAUCCGAUUAUCAGUAUGUGGGCAAGUUACAUUCAGACCAGGAUAGAGGAGAUGGAUCACUUAAAUAUAUCCUUUCAGGAGAUGGAGCAGGAGAUCUCUUCAUUAUCAAUGAAAACACAGGAGACAUACAGGCCACCAAGAGGCUGGACAGGGAAGAAAAACCUGUUUACAUCCUUCGAGCUCAAGCUAUAAACAGAAGGACAGGGAGACCCGUGGAGCCCGAAUCUGAAUUCAUCAUCAAGAUCCACGACAUCAACGACAAUGAACCAAUAUUUACCAAGGAUGUCUACACGGCCACUGUUCCCGAAAUGUCUGAUGUUGGCACAUUUGUUGUCCAAGUCACCGCAACUGAUGCUGAUGAUCCAACUUACGGCAACAGUGCUAAAGUUGUGUAUAGUAUCCUACAGGGGCAGCCCUAUUUUUCAGUUGAAUCAGAAACAGGUAUCAUCAAGACAGCUUUGCUCAACAUGGAUCGAGAAAACAGGGAGCAGUACCAAGUGGUGAUUCAAGCCAAGGAUAUGGGUGGCCAGAUGGGGGGAUUAUCUGGGACCACCACAGUGAACAUCACUCUGACUGAUGUCAACGACAAUCCUCCCCGGUUUCCCCAGAGUACAUACCAGUUUAAAACCCCUGAAUCUUCUCCACCGGGUACACCAAUUGGCAGGAUCAAAGCGAGUGAUGCUGACAUGGGAGAAAACGCUGAAAUUGAGUACAGCAUUACAGAGGGAGAGGGGCUGGACAUGUUCGAUGUCGUCACCGACCAGGAAACUCAGGAAGGCGUUAUUACUGUCAAAAAGCUCUUGGACUUUGAAAAGAAGAAAGUAUACACCCUCAAAGUGGAAGCCUCCAAUCCUCAUGUUGAACCUCGCUUUCUCUACCUGGGUCCAUUCAAAGAUGCAGCUACAGUCAGAAUUAUGGUGGAAGACGUGGAUGAGCCCCCUGUCUUCAGCAAACUGGCCUACAUCCUCCAAAUAAGAGAAGAUGCUCAGAUAAACACGACAAUAGGCUCCGUCACAGCCCAAGAUCCUGACGCUGCCAGGAAUCCCGUCAAGUACUCUGUUGAUCGACACACAGAUAUGGACAGAAUAUUCAACAUUGAUUCUGGAAAUGGUUCAGUUUUUACGUCGAAACUUCUUGACCGAGAAACACUGCUGUGGCACAACAUUACAGUAAUAGCAACAGAGAUCAAUAAUCCAAAGCAAAGCAGCCGAGUCCCACUAUAUAUUAAAGUUCUAGAUGUCAAUGACAAUGCCCCGGAAUUUGCUGAAUUCUAUGAAACCUUUGUCUGUGAAAAAGCAAAAGCAGAUCAGUUGAUUCAGACCCUACGAGCGAUUGACAAAGAUGACCCUUAUAGCGGGCACCAAUUCUCAUUCUCUUUGGCCCCUGAAGCAACCAGUGGCUCGAACUUUACCAUUCAAGACAACAAAGAUAACACAGCAGGAAUCUUAACUCGGAAAAAUGGCUAUAAUAGACACGAGAUGAGCACCUAUCUCCUGCCUGUGGUCAUUUCAGACAACGACUACCCAGUCCAAAGCAGCACUGGGACAGUGACUGUCCGGGUCUGUGCAUGUGACCACCAUGGGAACAUGCAGUCCUGCCAUGCCGAGGCCCUCGUCCACCCCACGGGACUGAGCACAGGGGCUCUCAUUGCCAUCCUUCUGUGCAUCGUGACCCUACUAGUGACAGUGGUGCUGUUUGCGGCUUUGAGGCGGCAGCGGAAAAAAGAACCUUUGAUCAUUUCCAAAGAGGACAUCAGAGACAACAUUGUCAGUUACAACGACGAGGGUGGCGGAGAGGAGGACACCCAGGCCUUUGAUAUCGGCACCCUGAGGAAUCCCGAAGCCAUAGAGGACAGCAAAUUACGCAGGGACAUCGUGCCCGAGGCCCUUUUUCUGCCCCGACGGACUCCAGCAGCUCGCGACAACACCGACGUCCGGGAUUUCAUUAACCAAAGGUUGAAGGAGAACGACACGGACCCCACCGCCCCGCCCUACGACUCCUUGGCCACCUACGCCUAUGAGGGCACCGGCUCGGUGGCCGACUCGCUGAGCUCGCUGGACUCGGUGACCACGGAUGGAGACCAAGACUAUGACUACCUUAGCGACUGGGGCCCGCGCUUCAAAAAGCUCGCAGACAUGUACGGAGGCGUGGACAGUGACAAAGACUCCUAAAGCGUUGCCUUUCUCGUUUUCCUGUCCGCCACCCAAGUACGUGGAGUGGCGAUGUCCUCCUCCGUGUCCGCUGCUCCGUGAAGGGUUCUCCGUGGUCCCCGUUCCCGACGUCGACGGCUGCAGUCCGUGUGGAUCCAAUGCUAGGGACUUUUUUCUAGUACACUUUUAUGAGCUUCCAAGAGGCAAAGGUUUAUUUUUUAGCGCAUCCAGUUAACCAUGGCGUCAGGCCCCCGGCCCGCGCUGGAAGAGGGAACCAGGGGUGCUGUUUCCCUGUUCUCUUAGGGCGGGCGGGCCCACGCACAGCCUCGCUGGCCUGGCCUCCCCACUCCCCCCUCCAGUGACUCAGGUCAGCUGCCUGCUCCGGCUGUACAUUUCACAUGCCAAUGGGAUGAGGGGCUGGGCUUUAAUUAAAAAGUACAGUUCUAGAAAAGAAA